CACCUUUUCGUCCCUCCGAAGUCCUAACGCAGCAACUGUCUCACUGUCUCGCCGUUUCCGUCGCAGGUGAAUGGAGUCCGGCAAGCCUACAGUCUCAGCCGACUCCCCUCUACCAAAUUAUCGCAUGGGCCAAGAUGAUGCAAAUCUUGAAGAGAGAUUGAAAUCUUUCCUUGUUCAGCUCCAAACUGAGUCAGGUAUCCUUGAACGACUCAUCUACAAGGGCAAGAAUCAGCACCGACGAUGCCUAUAUUUUCAGUAUCUUUUGAAGGUUAGGAGGGAUGUAAGACUUUUGAAAUCAGCUCUUUUGGGGGAUAUUUUGAAACACCUCUUCCAACUCAUCAAUGGAAUUAAACCUUCACAAGCUGUGCAUCUCCUAGAAAGUUUAAAGAGAAGAAAAGUUGACAAAGGAAAGCCCAAUUUUCUAGAGAGACUUUUGGGAGUUGCACGUUUAUUAUCUGAGAUGGUUGAGCCCAUGGUGAAGGCAGCUAUAGAAAUAUCUACUUUGCUUGCUAGAUCAUUUUUCAUGGGAUUCGCUCUCACAAUUUUGGCUUUGCUUGCACGCCUUAGAGUUUUAGUGCAGCAAGAUUUUUGUUCCACUCUUCAACAGAUGCUACUUGAUGUUGUCUUAGUGUUCAACUUGGCCACAUCUGUGGCCCAGAAGAAACACUCUGUAAAACUCCUUCAAGAAGGAAUUGAGGUUUUCAGGGAAUUCUAUCCUUCAAAUGAUGAAGUUGUCACCUUGGAGAGCAUUUGGAAGGUAGAUAAGUUUAUAUUAGUUGAGAGAACCAAUAAAAGUGAGUUCAAGAACCAGGAUGGGAAUCCUAAAUUAGAAAGAGAUAUUUCUCUGGGAUCAUCAAUGGUAAAAUAUCAAAGCAUUGAAGCUUGGCUUGGAGAAGAUGAAGGUUGCGACAUGGACAAAGGUCAUACCUCUGAAGAACUGGAUUCUACUGAUGCUGGACUACAUAAAACCUAUGCAUCACCUGAUCCAUUCAUCUAUAUUGACAACCAGACACAAGUUGAAGAUUUUGGGAAGGAUGGAGGUCAUUUAGCAAACCUGGAAUCGCCUAUCAAGAAUUUUGAUUUGGAAAGCACCAUAGUUGCAAGUACGAGCCAAUUUCCAACACCAAUAUCUCCAGAACUUCAAUCUGGAUCAAGCUUGAAGGUGGCAUUUGUAGCGGUAAGAAAAUCUGCACCACUAGUAACUAAUACAGUGGAGAUUGUGGAUCCGACAACAAAUAUUCAGCUCCCAGCUGAUGACAAUGAAGAUCCAGUUUUCAGUCUACUGGGUGGGAAGAUGAAGGAUAGUCUUUUCUGAACGAUUUGUUU